GCAGCAGUCGAGUCCGACUUGGUGGGGAAAGAGACGGCGUCAAGACCAAAGGCGUCAAAAGUAUGGGAGUUUUUUAAACUAGCGCCUAACAAAAGGGUGGUUUGUGCACUCUGCAAAGUGUCGAUGGCGUAUCAUAGCAGCACCACCGCUAUGCACGAACACCUCAAAAGAAAGCAUACAGGCGCCGUUGUGGACGAUGGACCGCCAGAAAAGCCACCGAAAAGGCAAAGCAACAUGAACGAAUUCCUGCAAAAGAAGGAUUGCUCACCAACAUUUGCAGCUGCUCUUACUGACAGUGUUCUCAACAUGAUUAUCAAAGACAUGAGACCCCUGUCAAUGGUGGAAGAUGAGGGUUUCCGUGCUAUGAUUAACACUUUCCAACCAGGCUACUGUCUCCCUAAAAGAACAUGCUUCACCAACAUGAUGGAGAGGAGAUAUGAGGAUGAAUUCCUGAAAGUCAAACUUGCCCUCUCGUCAUCCAGUUCCAUGGUCAGUCUAACAACAGAUGCAUGGACAAGUAUUGCCACGGAGGCAUACUUGGGCAUAACGUGCCAUUAUAUCAACAAUGACUGGGAACUCAUAAGCUAUAGUUUGACUACUAUGCCUCUUGAAGAGCGACACACUGCAGUGAAUAUUGCAUCCUGGAUUGAGACGGCAAUUGAGAGGUUUGGGAUUCCUACAAGCAGGAUCAAAGCUGUGGUGCAUGACAAUGCAGCUAAUGUUGUAGCAGCCCUCAAGUUGUUGGAAGAGAGGCAUGGGAUAUCUUCAAUCCGCUGUGCUGGCCACACAUUGCAACUAGUGGUGAAUCAAGCACUGAAGAAUCCACAAAUUAACAGAGCAAUUGGAGCGGCAAGAUGCUUGGUGGAACAUUUCAAAAAGAGUGAAAUGGCCAGUUCCAAGCUGAAAACGAAACAAAAACAAAUGGGCAAACCUGAACACAAGCUGAUUCAAGACGUUAGUGUAAGAUGGAACAGCUCGUACUACAUGAUCAGCCGCCUGCUAGAGCAGAGGUGGCCUGUUACAGCAACUCUGUCAGACCCAGAGGUUACACACAGAGCAAAACAUUUCCUUGACCUCAAAGCUGAACAGUGGAGCCUGCUGGAAGAGCUAGAACAAGCUCUCAAGCCAUUUGAGUGUGCAACUGUUUACCUUAGUGGGGGGUCAUAUGUGACCCUCUCCUCUCUACCUGCACUCAUUAAAGGACUGCUGAAGUCUACACAGAAUGCAGCCUUUGACAACACCCAUGUGCUGGCAUUUCAGGCUGUUGCAGCGAACGAAAUCUCAACAAGAUGGGAGGUUGAGAUGGCCUACAAAGAUGCUGGUACAAACACCACUGUAAUCGCAGCUGCCUUGGAUCCCAGGUUUUGCAGACUGAAGUUCCUGUCCCCAGAUGAAAGCCUGCAACUGCAGUUGAAAGUGCAAGCCCUUGCACUAGAAGCAAAGAGGAGGGUGAUGGAGAGUCAGAAACCACAGCAUACCAUAGAUGGCCAAACAUCAGCAGGUGUUACAGAGAAGAGGUCUGUGUCUUUGCUGGACACAUUGCUUGGGUCGGACUCUGAGGAAACAUCCAGCCAGAAUGACAGUGGGGACGAGGCAGAUGUCAUCAGUCAUUCUGUGAGAGAAGAGAUUCUCAAGUAUUUUGGGGAACAGCCUCUGCCUAAAAGUUCAGAUCCUCUGCAGUGGUGGAAAACAAAUGAGGCAAGGUUUCCCUCUCUGGCUGUUCUGGCAAAGUCAUAUUUGGGUGUACCUGCAACAUCAACCCCUUCAGAACUUCUUUUCUCCAUAGCUGGUGACAUAGCUUCCAAGAAAAGAGCUAGCCUGAGCCCAGAACAUGUGGACAUGUUGACGUUCUUACACUACAAUACACAUGUCUAACUGACAUGAUAUUGAUUAAUAUUUGAGUUGCAUUUUGAGCUGGACACUUACACUUACUUUAAAAAUGUUGCACUUUUACUUUAAUAAGGAGUUUAAUAGAAAUAAUAGAAAGGAGUUUAAUAGCAAGAAAAUGUAUUUUGGAGUUGCAAUACUGACUUAUAACA